AUGUAUUUUAUCACUUUUUUUAUUUUAGAUGCUCUAGCAGAAAUAUUAUAUAGUAUUCCAAAUCAAAAUAACUAUCUAUCUCCAGCAAAUGAAUAAGAAUGCUAAAACAUUGUACUUAUGGAAAACCAAAAUUUCUAUUUAGAACUUGAUAAAGAGGCCAACAUAUUUUAUAGAUUUUCUAAUGAUUUUUAAGAAUUAUUUAGUGAUAAAUGGAAUUUAACAUUUAUUGAGUUUGUUUCAUAAGUUGAAUUUGCACCUGAUUAUUUUUCAAUUCUUUAAAGUGAAUAUUUAUUAUUUGAUGAUGGGAUGUGUUUUUGUUCUCUACUUUAGAAUUAAAGAAAUUUGGAUUAUUCAAUUUAUUGUAAAGAUGUAAUGGUAUAAAAAUAUAUUGGAUAUUAAGUUUAAUUUAGUGAAAUAUAAGAGUUUUCAUUUUUAAUUCUUUAUUAGGAUGGCCUUAAAUGUAAUAGUUUUGUAUUUUUGAAUCAACUAUUUUAUCUUCUUUGUAUAAUUGAAGAUCAAAUGCAAAUUAUUACAUUUGAUUUGGAAGGAAAUAGAUAUUAACAAAACUAUACUAUUUCAUCAUAAUAAUGUGAAGUUAAAUAUUAAAUUAUUCAACGUUUUUCCUUGUUAAUAGCCUUUUAUAAAUGUGUUAAUUGGGAAAUAAUGAUUUAUGAUCAUAAACUAUAAGAUUUAAUAAGAAUUACUGAUUAAGAAAUAUAUUUAAAAGCCCAAUCUGAUUCUAAUAAGUAUUUAUAAGACAUUUUCAUAUGUUAAGAUAAUCUGUUCCUAAUUUUUGAUCAUGAAUACUUUCAAUUAAGAAUUUUAUCUUUUCAAUCACCUAUAAAUAGUAUUGAUUCUACCAUUCAUAUUGAAAAAAUAAAAAAUCUAUAAUUUAUGCUUUUAUCUAGUUGCACAUUAGAAAAUAAAAUAAUCUCGGAAUACACUAUUCAUUCUACAUUAAUUGACUUUGAAUUAAUAAAUUUAAAAUCUAUUAUGAAAUUAGGACGUUAUUUAACCUUUCUAAUUUAUAGUGAUCAUUUAAUUGUCAGGCUUACAAAAGAAAUAACAUAAUAAAUUCAUAUUGAGAUUAAUUAGUUUUGUUAUAUAUAAUAAAAACUCAAUUAUUUUGUAAUUGUUGAUAAAUAAAAUAAAGUUAAUUUAUUCGAGAUUAAUUUAUUUUAAAAUUAUUUUAUUUAUUAAUCAAAUAUAAAAUAUGUUGGAUUUUAUAAAAUUGAAGACUAAAUAGUUAAGUUAAUUAAAUGUUUUGUAAUAAAUUAAUAUUAACAUUAAGAGGAUAAAUUAAAAACUUCAAUUGAGAAUCUCAAAAAUUAUAAUUAUAUGAUUUAAAUAGAUGAUAAUUUUGAUAAUAUUGAAAUUGAAAAAUCCCAUUUCUUUUUGAAUCCAAAUUAAAAAUUCCAUUUUAAUUUCCCAAAUAUAUUUUAUCAAAGAAUAGAGCAUACUAAAAAUAAUCAAAUAUGUAAUAUAAACAGAUAACAAUUAAAGCAUGCCAGUAAAUUUUUAAUAUUUAAGAUAAACUUAUAAAAUUAUCUUAUGUUUAAUAGAAAUGAACUUUUAGUUAUUUAUCAUUGUAAUUCUUAAGACUUUUCCUAUUUUAAUUUAAAAAUUGAUUUAAAUUUAAUUAAAAUAUUUUAUAUUUAAAAUGUCUAAUUAGCUUUGGUUCAAGAAACAGAAGGAAGAAUAAUUACUUUUUUAUUAUAUUAGAAGUUAUAUGACUCGAUUCCAUAUUAAAUGCAAUAAUUUAAAGAAUAGAUUAGAGUUUCAUUAUUAUAUAGAAAUUAUUUGAUAAUUUUAUUAUAGAAUUCAAAUUAACUUUUUUUUUAAUAUCUAAAAGAAAAUACAUUCAUAAAUUAAUCACACUACAAUCCUCAUUACUUUAAUAAUAAUACUGAUUUUUAGGAGAAAAUUAAAAAUACCAUAAAAAUUUUAAAUUUUUAUAACAUAUUUAUCUUGCAAUAUGAAUCUCAUUUGAUAGUUCAAGUAGAAUAGUUUGUCUUUUAAAGUAAUCUAUUUUAUUUAAUAUUAGCAAUCAAUUUGAAAAUGGUACUAUUAGGAGGUUUCUAAAAAAGAAGUCAGCCUCUUUAAAUAAUAUUGAUAGGAAUGAAUUAGGAAAUGAACAGGAUAGAUAAAUAUUUAAUCACUAAAGAGAACUACUAUAAAAUUUCGACCUUUUACUUCUAAGAUUAUAUACCAAUUUAACCUUUAGAAUAUUAGUUUCAUGAAAAUAAUUUAAUUAUAACAACAAAAACAUAAAAUUAAGAUUUAUUUCAUAUAAUGAUAUUUUUUAUAGAUUAAAAAAAUAAUCUAGAAUACUAUGAGAUAAUUUCUACACCUUAUAAAUACUUUUAUGCUAUUUCUGAUUUCCUUUAUUAUUACAAUACAAAUUAAGAACUGAUUGAAUACAACAUUAAAUAUUUCACUUUAGAUUAUUGUCUUUAAGAUUUUAAUUAAAUUAUUUACAACCUUUAAUUCUAAAUAGAUAUUAUCAAUCCUUAUUCUCAGAUAGAUAAUAGUAAUUAUAGUGAACAAUUAAAUUUAUUCGUAAUCAAUUACAAAGAAAAUUUACAACUUAUUAAUAAAAGUAAUCCAAAAAUAAUGUUGAAUAAUAAUUAAGCUAUUAUAAAUCCAAAUAAAUUUGUACAUGGAAUAUUUUAUGAAUUUUAUUUAUAAAAUACUACAUCGUUUAUUCUGCAAAGUCCAUUUAAAGUGGUUUCUUAAAAAAAAUGUCUUGAUCUUUAUAACAACCUUUGUGUUAUCUAAUUUGAUCCAUAAUUUAUAGUACAAGAUAUAACAAAAAAUGUUGAAUAAAAUCAAACAUUCUCUAUCAGAAUAACAGAAGAUUUUAAGAUUCAUGGCUGUAAUGAAGGAAUAAUAAUAACAUAAUAAAUUGAUAUAGAAAAUAUAAAAAUACAAUAUUUUAAAAAAGAUAUUGAAAUAUUUAUUUUAAUUAAAGGUAAACUUAAAGAAACUUAAAUAAAAUAAUAAAUAUUAAUUGUUUAAACAUCUGAAUUUAUAUACUAUUAUUUUAUUAAUGAAGAAAUCACAUUUAUAUAUUCUUGUGCAUUUAAUUUAAUUACACAAUAUCAUAAUUUAUUUCAUCAGAUUGAUACUGAUAAGAUAUGCUAAACACUUUUUGAAUUUAAUGAAAUAUAAAUUUUAUGUUCUUAAAUAUAAUAAGGAGUAAAGUUAUCAAUAUAAAAUUACACAAUUCCUAUUUAAGAUAUAUAUGAUUCAAUAAAUUUAGGUCAUCCUUAUUUUUAAAAUGAUGCUAAAAUUAAAAUAUUAAGUUUAAUUUCUACUUUAUAAAAUGUAUUAGAUUUGAAGAUUGUAAUAAAUUAUAUAAGGCAAUAAUAGAGAUAUGGUUAAAUUUUAUAAUUUCAUGUUUAGAUAACUUUACAAAAUUAGGAAUAUUAAAUUAUAUUAACUAAUUUAAUUAGGCUUCCUAAAUUUAAUCUAAAUUGUCUUCUAUAACUAUUACAAGACAACUUAUUAUUUAUUUGUCAAUAAUUGAAAAUCUACUUAUACAAACUUUAAGAUGAAUUUUAAGUAUUAGAUCCUUAUGCUAUUCAAUAAUUUCCAGGUUAAUUAUUUUCUAUCUUAAAUAAUACUCAUAUAGCUAUAUACAAUUAAAUAAACAAUGAAGUUAACAUAUUAAAUAUUGAUUUUUGGAGAUUAAUAAAAAAUGAUAAUAUUAUUAUUGAGGAUGAAUAAAAUGUUACAUUUAUACUUUAAAACUAUUUAACUCAGUUAGAACUUAAAGUAAAUGUUGUAAACUAAAGAAAAUUUGAAAAUUACUUAACCUUUAUUAGAUUUAUAAUAAUAAUAAUAAUAAAUAGUUUAUUUAUCCAAAUAUUCAUUAGUGUUAAAAAAUAAAAUAGAAAGUGA